AUGACGCCCGACUACGACUUGGGAAUAUCGAUCUUUACUGCGGGACCCCCAGACCUACUAGAUCUAAUACGGGACGCCGUCACAGUUCCUCUUCUCCGCGCCGCCGAAGAAACCGCCCAGCGAGACCUUUGUGAUAGCUACACCGGCACCUUCGCCGCCGCCGCCCCGCUGAACUCGACGCUUGUCCUCGCACAAUCAGACAGCAAGGGACUAUACAUCGACUCCUUCAUUUCAAAUUCAACCAUCAUCCUCGAUCCUUGGCAGGUUCCUCUCUCAGCACUCACGCAAGGCCGCCCUUUCCGUAUCCAGCUCGUCCCAUCCCUCUUAAAUCGUGAGGAUGGCGCGGGCCGCAAGGGAGAGGUGUGGAGGGGGAUCUUGGUACCAGAAAAGAGGGGCCCCGGGGCGUGGAAUGAUCAAUGCACGGCGAAUUAUGAUCCGUUGUCAUAUGCUGAUAAGCCGCUGCUAGAGGUUGUAUUCUGGGAAGGCGAGGGGGGGGUAAUGGAGGAGAUAGUUAGAGAGUGGGUAGAGGUCGUGACCUCGAUGGAGAAGGAGUUCGUGUUGAACUCUGAGCCUGUCCAGACUCGCGGUUAUGGACUUGAAGGCAUCGUUUAG